AUCCAUAUUUAAUUGGGUUCUCAGCAUAUAUACAUCGUCUUCUUUAAUUUCUGCAAUUCUAGUUCCCUCAAAGCUUCAGUGUCUGCGUCGUUGUUUCAUUUUGAAUAUGGCAGAAGAGUUGCACAUUUUCAACUAUGACGUUUUCAUCAGUUUCAGGGGUGAAGAUACCAGGCACACCUUUGUAAAAAUUCUUCACAAAGAGCUCAAACGGAUUGGAAUCAUAACUUUCACUGAUGAUGGGAUGCUCAAGGCAGGGAAUGUUAUUUCACCUGCUCUUUCCAAAGCCAUUGAAGAAUCCAUGGUUUUAAUUAUAGUGCUUUCUGAGAACUAUGCAUCUUCUACUUGGUGUCUUGACGAGCUCGUCAAGAUUUUAGAGUGUUCAAGGAGGGGUAAUCAACAACUUGUUUACCCAAUUUUUUACCAUGUAGAUCCCUCUCAUGUACGCCAUCAAACGGGGGAAUACGGUGAAGCAAUGGCUGCACAUGAGAACAGGUUUGGCAUAGACUCUUACAGAAUUCAAGCAUGGAGGUCAGCUUUGAAUGAAGUUUGUCAAUUAAAAGGGCACCAUAUCAGUACCGGGAACGAAAACAAUAUUGUUGAAGAGAUUGUUAAGAACGUCUCAAAGAUAGUCUAUAAACCUUUUCUUGGUAAAGACCCAGUUGGAUUUGAGCAACGCAUAGAAGAGGUGAAGUCACUUCUAGACAUGAAGCUAGAUGAUGAUACUGUAUGCAUGUUGGGCAUAUAUGGACUUGGGGGAAUAGGGAAAACAGAAAUUGCAAAAGCUCUGUUUAGCAAGAUUGCGCACAAAUUUGAAGCUGCAAUUUUUAUUGAAAAUGUUAGAGAGAAGUCAAACAACAUCAUUGAUCUACAAAAGACUCUACUGUCAAACAUGUUUGAAGUAUUAGAAACUGAGUUGAAUAAUACAAGUAGAGGAAUCUGUGAAAUAAAAAGCAGGCUUGGAAAGAAAAAAAUCCUUUUGGUUCUUGAUGAUGUUGACGACAGAGAACAGUUGAAUAACUUGGCAGGUGGAUGUGAUUGGUUUGGCUCAGGUAGCAGGAUCAUUAUAACUACAAGAGAUGAACAUUUGCUACAUCAUCAUGGAGUUCAAAAAACUUACAAGAUGGUGGAACUUAAUGAUCAGCAAUCUCUUGAGUUGUUCUGUCAUAAUGCUUUUGGAAAGAGCCAUCCUAAAAGCGGUUAUGAAGUUCUAUCUUCUCGUGCUGUAAAUUAUGCCAAGGGUCUUCCAUUAGCUUUAAAAGCUUUAGGCUCUGAUUUGGCCACUGAAGAGAACUUAGAAUAUUGGGAGUGUACAUUAGAAGAAUACAAGACGAAUCUGAAUCUGAAUCCAAGCCACCUGGGAAGUUUAUAUCAGGAACAAAUGCAGAGGAACAAUCCUCAGCAGCAAGAAAGAAUGAUGGAGAUAUUGUUGUUGAAGGGAAUGUGGGAGGGACUUGUUGAAGCACAAAAAAUGUUUCCUAGUUUAGAUAUUGACACCAUCAUGGCUGCAACCCUUUACAAGGGAAAGACAUAUCAAUUGUCACAACUCCCACAGUUUGAGGCAGAAAACCCAAAAAUGAAGAUGUACGCAGAAGGAAUGACCAAUGCACUUGAGGAAGCUAAGCUGAGCUUUCCCACACUGGACAUACGGGCAAUAUUGGGUUCUAUGUUUCGUAAGCGAGCCCUCGAAGAAAUGAAGUCGAAUAUGGAGGUAGGAAUUAUUUCAUGUCACCAGGGAAGUUCAGAGGUACUACAAAUACAGAGGAACAAUCCUCUGCAGGAAGAAAUGCUGGAGAUAUUAUGGACUGGAAUAAGGUAUGGACUUGUUGAAGCACAGAAAAGCUUUCCUACUUUAGAUAUAGAAACAACUUCAAUUGCAGCCUAUUCUAGGUUUGGAGGGAUCCCACUCCCAGAGUCUGAGGCAGAAAACCUUGAACCACAGUUGAAGACAUACAGAGAAGGCGUUAUCAAGGGACUCGAGGAAGCAAAGCUCAGCUUUCCCACACUGGACGUAGAGGCAACACUGAGUGCUGUGUCGAGUACGGUGGCCCAUAAAGUGGUAGCUCCAAGCUCUGAUGAUAAUCCGUUGCUGAAAGAAUUCCCGAUGAUGAAGGAAGAGGGUUAUGAGUCUGAGGCCAAGAAAGCAACAAAGUACUCAGAUACACCCAACCUGCCACCUGGAAUAGUUUCUGCAAGACAUGUUUUGCAGGAACAAGAGAAGAUGGUAGAGGAGUUAAGCCUAGAAGAUACGCUUAAUGCUAUGUUGAUAGGGAUGGACUUGGAUGAACAGAACGACGACAAUGCAGAUAAAGAUUAUGUUGUGAAGAAGCAAAUCCAUUUUCUCAUGGCAUUUGGGGAGGAGAUAUCGAGUAUAUUGCAGACUAACAUGAGGUUAGAAGAUAAAGAAAUGAAGCCACCUGUGGAGGUAGAUGAAGAUUCAACAUCUGGUCACCAAUGGAAUUAUUCAAGUCACGAAGCACCACCACAUUCAGUUUCAACUAAAAUGGUAGCUCCAGGCUCUGAUGAUGAUCCUUUUCUGCAAGAAGGUUAUGAGUCUGAGGCGAAGAAAGCAAGAAAGUACUCAGAUAUACCCAACAUACCACCCAGAAUAGUUCCUGGCCUAGAAGAUCAUAUGUUCGAUGGAAUGUUGAAGAAAAAAGACUUGGAAGAACAAGGAUACUUUGCAGAUAAAGAUGAUGCUGUGCAGCAAAUGCAGGAUCCAUGGGGGAAGGCUAAGGAUGUAUUAGAAGACAGAUUGCUAAAUGAUAACUCCUCCCACCUGGCAUAUUGGUUACUACAGAGGUUCGAUGCAGGAGAAGCUUCAACCUCUGAGCAGCAACAAAGCAGGAAUGAUGUAUCAGAAAGCACCUUGGCACGGAUAUUACAGUUUAUCAGGUCCCCUAUGGAGUUAGGAGAACCUUUAGGCCAAGAAACUGUGGAUAUAUGGAUGAACUUGAUAAACGGUAUUGGAAGUUGAUGGAGGAACACAGAGCUUUGCGCGAGAAAUUUGAAGAAUUUGAAAAUGAAACUGCUACUGGUGCUGCUCCGGAUGAAUUAGAUAGUUGGAAACAUCAAUAUCAUGAAUUGAUGGAAAAGCUCAACAACACUGCUCAUCAAUCUGCUGAGUACUACUUUACUUCUAUGAAGCAUGAUGAUGAGGAGCUAGGUGCUCUUUUGACAGCAAGAGAUGAAGAAUUGAAGAAGCUUUAUGAUUACUCAAAAAAGUGUCAUGAUGUGAAGAGUGCAAUCUACUUGAAUGGACUGAGGGAUGGACUCCUAGCGGCACAUGCCAUCUCACUUGCUCUUGACAUGGAUGAAACAAUGGAUCCACUGCUGGAUAUUCCAAGCACUGCUGGUCUAGCCCCUUCGGUUCAUAGUUUUCGGUCAUGUUUUAGCUCUUUGCUCGCUUGUUUAUUUAUGACAGAUUCUUAGUUCUACUGGUUGUAAAAUGAAUGAUUCUCUUAUAUUGUAUAGAGUGUACUGUAAGCA